AUGGAGAAUAAAAAUGAAGGAAUGUCAGUUAAAAUUCUAGAUAAGUUUAAACAAUUAAUUAAUAGCUUAUUAAAAGGAUAUAUAUUAGGUUCCUUUGUUGGAGUAUUGUCUCCCCACAAUGAAUCUUUGUCAUAUAAUAUACAUUUCACAGGAUUAAAAUUCGCACAGGUUAAUUGUGUUUAUAGUUCAACUAAUUAUCUUUUAACAAAAGUAUUUAACAAAUCAAAUAGAAAGACAAGUGCAUUUAUUUCAGGAGUUUGUGCAGGUUUAGUGUGUGUUAACAGGUAUAAAAUAAUAGGAUCAGUAAUGUUUGGUACAUUCGCAAGUAUAACUGACUUGUAA